GGGAGGCAGGUUUCCAGACACACCGCCGCGGCGCGCCUCUCCAGUCCAGACAGCGGCCUUCCUGCCGGGGAUGAGCGCGGGCCAGCUGAGUACGAGCCGGGCCACGUAGCGCGGCCGGUGCCCCGCCAUCUCUGCAGCCCACUCUCACCCCACUACAGACCACACUGCUCCCGUUUCCCCCCCGCUGGACCGUCGCCUCCUCCGCACCAAUGUAGGCAGUGGCAGUGUGUUUGAAGCCCGAAUCUGUGCAACUCUAAUUGUGAGGAGGAGGUCGCCCCCAGACGGAGGUGAUGCACAGGAAAUGGCUUCUGCAGCAAGACACACGUGCCCUGAUGGCUGCUGCAACUGUGGCACCACAUUUGCCUGCAGAGUUUGAAGACCCAACGUGUGGUGCAGAGGUGUCUGGAGAGAUUUAACCUCAAAGACUAUUUGUUUGAGAAGCAGACAUCAUGGGUGCUCUUUUUGAGUCGGGCUGAGUCUCUCUUGUCUCAUCCCCUCCUUCCUCCCUUGACAAGGAGGGUUGGGGACCAAUUCUCCGUUCCUCGUCUCCAUCUUGAUGAAAUCCUGCCAGACCUUCAAGGAGGAAACCUCUCUCUCGAGCCUUGACGGGAUGUCACAGGAGGAAGGGCGGCGGCCACAGGUGUCCCAGUCUUCUUUUCAUCCCACGAACACUAAUGUGGACCUGACGGGGAAGCUUUUCAAGAGAGAGGUGGGAGGUCAACCCUAUUCUGUGUUAGUGGACAAUAAAAUGGCCAGCAAGACGUCGAUGGGAGAGAUGAGCGUCAGUCAGCUUCCUGUUCAGCACACGAGCCAGCAGCAGCAGCAGCAGCAGCAGUAUUUCAGGGAGGGAGUUUUGAGGCAGGAUUCGGGCAUGCAGGGCUCCCAGGUUGGCAACCACGGUUCAUCUGAGAACACAGAGGAGGAAGAGGAAGAGGAGGAAGAAGGUGAAGACGCAGGAUUCAAGCGAGAGCAGAUCAUCGUUGAGGUCAACCUCAACAAUCAGACACUUCAUGUUUUGAAAGGUGAUAACAAAACGGACUCUGAAAGGGGAGGCAGUGAUGAUGAUGAGGAUGAUGGAGAGGAUGAGGAGGACGAAGAGGAUGAAGAAGAGGAGGAUAGUCCUGGAGUCGAAGAAGAAGAGGAGGAGGAGGAGGAAGAGGGCAAUGAGGAUGAGCUGGACACUGAAAGGACUCUGAAGAGGUCCAGGCGAGAGUCCAUCAGCACAUUAGCUGACGGUCAGCCUUGCAGGAAAAGCCUGCGCACAGCGGCAACGGCCACACCGGGGGUGACCACAAGAGGACGACGGAAGAGCGCGGAGCCGCCGGUGAAAAAGCAGAGAUCGGCCAAGUCGGUGCCACCGUCCACCGGUGCUGAGGCUGAAGGAAAGACUGAGACGGAAGAGAAGGAGAUGCUGGCGUGCGAGAAGUGCCCGCGCAUGUUCAACACCCGCUGGUACCUGGAGAAGCACAUGAAUGUCACUCACAGAAGGAUGCAGAUAUGUGACAAGUGCGGGAAGAAGUUCGUGCUGGAGAGUGAGCUGGCCUUACACCAGCAGACCGACUGUGAGAGGAACAUUCAGUGUGUGGCCUGCAACAAGUCUUUUAAGAAGCUGUGGUCGCUCCACGAGCACAUCAAAAUUGUACACGGCUUCGCAGAAAAGAAGUUUGCAUGUGAGAUCUGUGAGAAGAAGUUCUACACGAUGGCUCACGUCCGUAAGCACAUGGUUGCUCACACGAAGGACAUGCCGUUCACCUGCGAGACGUGUGGGAAGUCCUUUAAACGUAGCAUGUCUUUGAAAGUGCACUCACUGCAACACUCUGGAGAGAAACCCUUCCGCUGUGAGAACUGCGACGAGCGCUUCCAGUACAAGUACCAGCUGCGCUCCCACAUGAGCAUUCACAUCGGCCACAAGCAGUUCAUGUGCCAGUGGUGCGGCAAAGACUUCAACAUGAAACAGUAUUUCGAUGAGCACAUGAAAACGCAUACAGGAGAGAAGCCUUUCAUCUGCGAGAUCUGCGGGAAGAGCUUCACCAGUCGGCCCAAUAUGAAGCGGCACCGCCGCACCCACACGGGGGAGAAGCCGUACCCCUGCGAGGUGUGCGGCCAGCGCUUCCGCUUCUCCAACAUGCUGAAGGCUCACAAGGAGAAGUGUUUCCCGGUCAACAGCCCCAUUGUUCUGCAGACUAGCAGCUCCAACGUGCCUGUGCGCAUCUUUGCCAACACUUUCUCCUCCCCGCCCCCGUCAGGUCCCGGAACCUCAGCUGCCACGCCCGCCACCGCAGCCGCCCCUCUUGGACCUCCAGGAGCCGCCCUCCCUCCGCGAGGCCUUGUGGGACACACAUUCCCACACAUGCCGCUUCACUCCACAUCCUCCCCGCACCCUCCACAGCAGCAGCACCUUACGACCACACCGCAACACACCACCCCUCAUCCUCAUCACCAUAUCGUGGUGCCCCCAGUUUCCCAUUUGCCCCCGCCGCCUGCUCUAUUUAAGAGCGAGCCCCUGAACCACUGCGGCCAUGAAGACAACGGCUACAUGCAUCAUCUGGCCCCACCUGAUAAGCUUCCUGGAGCCCCUCAACACCACUGAACUGAUCGACCCCUAAAUGGGUGCAUUAUAUAUCUACAAAGAAGACAGGAGUUUUAAAGGUAUACCCUUUCUUCUUGGCUUUUAGUCAGCGUUGAUACACAAGUUUUCUCUGUAUAUAAGAGGGUGCAAAGUUUUAUGGAAAGGAUUCUCAAGAUGAUCCAUUUGCACAGUGGUUACUUUAUAACGUGCAGUGCUCCUUCUGAUCCCCACCCCUCCCCCAAAUAGCAAUACUCCACCUUUCCUACGAUGGAGAUGUUUCACAUGAAUGUUUGGGACAGAAGCAACUUUUCUCUUUGAAGCAGAAGCUUCCUGUCAGACGCAGUGCCAUUAGUGAAGAUCAGUGGAGUUUAGGGACUCGGAGUAAAGUCCUGUCGCUGGUUUGAAUCCUGACCAGAUUCAGCCCAUGGGUUAACGGUGCUCUCCAUUCCAAUCCAUAGAUUCUCUCUUUCUUUUUGUUUGUCUGAUAAAUGUCCAAAGGUGUCACGCCUGUCUUCGGACUUGAUGAUCAAGUUAUGCAGGACAUGCUGGACACACACACACACACACACGCGCGCACACACACACAGAGCAUGCGGUCUCUCAUUGACCGUGAUCAGUGCAACCUCAGCUUUCCUCACUGUUCUUCAACCUUUCAGAUAAGGAAGUUCCAUCGAAUACUGCCACUGUGAAGGGUCAGACAACACGACCCGAGUCAGGAUUUAACCCUUCGCUGCUGUCCGAAUGAAACGGGUUCCCACAUCAAAGGUCACGUCACACUCACAUACACAGACCUGGUGCAAUUUUUCAUCCUCACAGAAAACAAAAUGUCCUCUCAGCCUUGGUUGAUUCUCCAGUUGCUGUUGAAUGUUGCAGUUUUAUUUUUACAGAACUAGCGGUGCCGGUGACCUUGUGUAAUCCUUGUAUGCUCAGCAAUGUGAGGACUGAGGAACUGAUCAAUAUAACCUAUGUUCAUGUAUUAUUCGUUCAUUUUAUAUUUAAUUCAGCAUCAGAAAGUAAGAAAGUUUUGUUGAAAAUAUUCUUUGAAAUAUGUCACCAUUGGAGAAGUAAGAAUUUCUUGUUCGUCUUUUAUUUUAUUUAUUUAUUUUUUGUUCCCAAACCUUUUUCAAAACUAGCAUAAUUUCGAUCAACUCUUCUCAAGGUGGCGGUUAAUUCAGUUUUAAAAAAGCUUAUGAAUGACUGUCAAAGCUCCAAAUAUCAAUGCUCAUAUGGUGCAUAAAAAGAUAAAUAAGUAAAGAACGUUACCUAAUCAUACAUUUUAAACACUGAAAAAUGAAAAUAUACCAAUGUUAUGUACUACAAUGGAGAUUAUUUGUGGAGAUUAUUUGUAAUUUCUAAACAAACCAGUACUUUAUUUAAGAUGAGAAAUGGGAAUUUAUAAGGGAGAAGAUCAGUGAAGUGAAAAUACUUAAAACAACAGUCUUGGAAAAUAUAUUUAAUAAAAAAUGGUGAUCCUUUCAGGCUCUUUCGUGUUCCCAUAAGGCUGACUAAAACCUCCAGACAUGAAGUUGGAAAAGCAGAUUUCUCUAGCCAAUGAUACACAAUUGGCGUCCUUUGACCCCAAGUAGCUAAUAUGUUGACUCCCUAUCUGGCCUCUUUCAACCUUUUCUGGCUGAAUGUCUCAGACAUUAGACAUUUAUUUCUGUUAAUUCUUCAAUGUCUUUAACUUCUGAAUUCAUUUCUAGUGAUGAAUGGAUGUGGGGGUUCAAUCUCUAUUGUUCUUUACCUUCGAAUCCUCAUCUGUUUGGCCACUAUCCUUUUGUCUCCAUCUGAACCCCCAAAACCUUCUUUUGUUAUUCAACACUUCGUGAUCACCGUUCCGUAACAACACUGACUUUACUGAAUAAAAAUGUGGUAAUAAUGUUUUGUUUAAGGCACACAAUAGUGUGUACUUUCUAGUCAAGGAAAUAAAUAUUUUAACCUAAAUCUGGUGACUGACCAUGACUUAACCGCCACUUUAAAAUGAUAAUUCCCUCCAGAUUUUUUACAUUUUCUUUUUCAUUUUUUUUUUUCUCCGAGAGAAAUUAUGAAAUGCUAAAUGAAAUGAAUGAACUAUACAUGGACCAAUUGCCGAUAGUACGAAUGUUAUUUAAUGAGAUGAAGCAAAGGUGUUUUUUGAGCUCCUAAACCCAGAGCGACUGUUAACUUGAGGUGCGAGUGUGAGAGUCCCCUCCUAUCUGAGUGCUCUUGUACCAAAAGCGGCUUCACACAAGCCUGGUGUUGACCUGAGAUGGACUGUAGCCGUUGAACCAACCGCCACAUCGACCCGAGGACGGCGUGAGCCUGCCAUUUCUGUGUCUUAACUUCUCUCGUCCUCUCUUGUUUAGCCGGACUUUUAUUUCUAAAUGGCCUUUUUCUUUUGUGUGUAUUAUCUGCACUUUACGGAUGCGUGGGUGAGCGCAGGGGAACGAGGGCGCCACGGUGGACUGUGAGGCGGUGGGAGUGAGUCAGGGAGCGACAACACUGCCAUGUUUUAACUUUCAUUUACUUUCCCUUUCACAAGGUUGCAUUUUAAGGGGUGUCAUUCAGUUUUAUGAGGGUCUUUUUUGUAGAGAUUAAUAUGACCAUAAGAGUCAUCUAAGGGUCAAGGAAAUAAAUGGUGAAUUACGCACAUCAACACUCACAAAAUGGUGCAUUUAUUUUUUACAGGAAAAGUACAUUCGAUGAACGGUUUCUAACUAUUGUCUAAGACAAUAAUUUGGUCUUUUUUUUUUUUUAAUGGUAAUGAAAAUCAGGAAUGAUUUUAGUUUAGGAAAUGUCAUAAAAUGGUGGCAAUGUAAUGUUGUUUUGACCAAAGAUAGAUUUCUGCACUACUUCUUUGUUUUGUCUUUUAUUUAGUGAUUUAAAUAAAUGUCCAGCUAAAGGAUUUGGAAAGUUCAUGAGUAAAAUGUUUUUAAGCUAGUACUGCCAAACACAAAGGCAAUAAUAUAAAAAAAUAUACUAUGCAUCGAAAAAAAGGAUAAAAAAAUAGUAUAUUAUACUACCAGAAAAACAAAUAAUGGGAACGACAUAAGAAAUCAAACUGUUAGAAGCCUUUUAUAAACACUAGUUGGUUCUGUAUUUAAAGUUACCAGUGGCUACUCUAAAGUGAGGAGCUGAGCAGCAUUCCAGUUUGUGUCAUGUGAUCCACACUUAGUGAAGUAAAGCAUGGCAGUGUGGUCGUUGUCCUACUCUUAAGUGGAUGGGCUUGUUUGGCAAGGAAAGGAGGAGAACCCCUGGGGCAACUGGAAGGGACCAUAAAAACUUGGACAUAAAUUGUAUUUCCCAUGUUUCCCCAACAAAACUGUCUCCCUUCUCUUCAGCGAGCUCAUGUGUCCUCUCUCGUCUUAAAUCGCCACACGAUCCUCCUCCUCCUUUCUUUGUUUUCUAGAAUGCACUUUCGACUAAAACGUUCUUGGCUAGAUGGAAAAGAAAGUAACAUUGUAUAUUCUUUAAAGAUGUUUAAAAGUCCGCAUACUUUACCCCCCCAGUUUGUAUUUCUAACCACUUAAUGUAGCAUUGUGUAUUUUAUUAUUGUAUCCGGUACAAAAUGUGCAGCUUUAUAAUGUCUUUCUUUUUGUAUGUUAUCUGGAGAUUAAGGAGAAGUGUGAGGGGGAUGGUGGGCCUUUUUUGAUAAUGUACAUUGAAAUGAGUGCUAACUUUGAGAAUUAAAAGCGAGUAGCCAUGAUGA